AUGCAACCUGCUACUGAAGAACAGAAGAAAAAAUUGAAAGGUAAACGGGCUGAUUAUAUUCUCUACCAAUCAGGAACCACUAAUCCUCUAAUUGUUAUUGAAGCAAAGAGACCAACUGAAGAUAUUUAUCAAGCCUUAGAACAAGGAGUUAAUUAUGCUAAAAGCAUUGAAGCACCGUUAGUUAUUGCUACUAAUGGUGAAUUUACUAAAUGUUACCAUGUUAACUUUAAGAAGACAUUGAUUCGUAAUGGAGAAGAAGUAAAAGAAUUUUUUACUGAAAAAGAGACUCUAAAGUUUGUUGAGCAACCCCGAUUAAGAAAAGGCGAGGAACGAUUUAGUGAAUUUGCUAACAUUCUUUUUUUGAAGAUAAUUGGUGAGAUUGAAGAGGAAAAAGAAAAAUCCACCAGCCGUAUGGAUAAAGCGUUGGAGCAUUUUCGGCAAAAAUAUCAAGAAGGAGAAUUGUUUUCAGUUAGCAAGAUUGAAGACACUAAGACUCUUGAAGAAAUAGUUUUUAGACUUAAUCCAUUGUCUUUAGUGGAAACCGAAAGAGAUGUAAAAGGAGAAGCGUUUGAAUAUUUCCUUCAAAGAUAUAAUGCAGGUGAAAAAGAUUUAGGAGAAUAUUUUACUCCUCGCCAUGUUAUUAGAAAUUUAGUCGCUAUUUUACAACCUCGCUUUAAAGACAAAGCCUAUGACCCCUUUUGUGGAACAGGCGGAAUGCUUAUUGAAUGUUUUAAGUAUGUCAGCGAACGGGUAAAACUUGAUUCAGAAAGCCUAAAAAUACUCAGAAACAGUUUUUACGGAAAUGAAAUAACUAAUGUGGCUCGCAUUACCAAAAUGAACAUGAUUUUGUUUGGGGAUGGACAUAAUAAUAUUCAGAAAAGAGAUACUUUCCAACAUCCUGUUGAUAAUGAAUAUGAGUUAGUGAUAACCAAUAUUCCAUUUGGUUUUGAAGAUAUUGAUUAUGGACACCUAUACCCAAUCAAUUGUAAUUAUGGUGAUUGUUUAGCUAUUCAACAUUGUUUAAAAGCCUGUAAAUUAAAUGGAAGAGAAGUAGUAAUAGAAGAAAAAACAAAUUCUCCUCUAUUUACCAAGAUUUAUUAUCGCGAUAUUGAGAAUGAUAAAUAUAACCUUCUUGCUGUGCCACCUAAUUUUUCUUUACUUAAAAAAGCAAAUAAAGAAUAUUUCCUUUUGUCGGAAAUCGCCAAUAUUAAAAGGGGUUGUUUCGAAUUAAAAAGAGAAGAAUUUGCUAGUAGUGGAUAUGCUAAAGUUUACCAGCCCAAUCACGCCAUUAGUGGCGAUUUUUCUUCUGGAGAUCGUUAUAUUAUGGAAGAAAGAUAUCAGCAAUUAAAAGGAUAUGAACUACAGAUCGACGAUAUUAUCAUGAGCGUUUCAGGAACAUGA